CCUAGAUGACAGCCCCGUGACUAGUCCAAAACUUGACAAGCCGACGGUCGCCGAAGACAUUCGCUUGAAAAUGAUUCCUUUAACUGGAAUCAUCUCUUUGGUUGUAUUUACUCUAUUUUCCGGUGUUUUGUGCUUCGAAAACAAUGUACCCGUUUAUAUGUGGAAUAUCGACACAGAUGCCGUUGUGAAUCCGUUACAUUCGUUGAAUGCAGAAGAACUGGUGGGAAAGGUGUCCCUGUCCUUGGAAGGGAAGCUUGUUGCCUUGUUCAUGCAAGAUGAGCUGAGCGUAGAUGACUUCAAGUCUAAUGACCUUGCUGCUCUGAAAUCGCUGGCUGAAAUGGAUAAUGAUGGAACAUUCUAUGCCCCUUCAGUCACCAAAACCACCAAGUUGCCUGAAGUUUUGGCAGCUGCUGGAUAUAAUGUAGUAUAUGUCAAGUCCCACCAAGACUUGCCUACAUCUGCAGUUGUUGGUAAAACAGUGUUGGUUAUUGACCUGCCAGCCACCCAACUUGGUGAUUUGCGCAAGGAAAAUUUGCAGCUCAACAGUAAUGCCAUCACCGAAAUUUACGAAACCCUGAAGUCCCAACAGCCAGAUGUUGUUGGUAUUUUCACUGCAAAAAGGAACUCCCAGCUUCAGCUGGACGAAUCUAGGAGGCGCAUCGCCCGAAGUGCAACAGCAAAGAGCGCACCUCGAGAAGAGACAUUCGUUGAUAAAUUUUACAACAUUACCCAGGAGAGCGGCAAACUGUUUCUCUUUUUCGAAAAGGCUCCUAUCUUAAAAAUCAAGGACGAGAACAAGACAGCGUGGGCCAAUUUCACCCUGAACGUCGAUCCCGUCUUCACCGGCACUGUUGUUAACGAAACCCACAAAACUGGCGUCCUUGUUUUGACUUACGAAGCAUUGGCUCCCUCUGGUCCGAAAAAUGACUCUGGAUUUCUGACUAAAGCCAAAAUCAGUUUCCAUUUGUCUACCAAACGAGGCUACUGGUACAUCAACCAGACUACCAUCGAUUUUGAUGUCAAAAUCAAUGAUGCCACAUUCAAAGAGGACAAUUUGGUGUUGGUUACAACGGAUGUCUCUACCCCAUUGGGUCGCUCUUGGCAUUGCACUCCCAAGUCACGUUUGGCAAGUUACGGAUAUUAUUUCAAUGGCACUAUCAUUAAGUACACCAACAAAGUCAUCUUGGAAACGGACGGCUUCCAAUUGCAGCCUUUCAAAGUGUCCAAAGACAAGUUUGGCGAUGGUUAUGAUUGCGUUGGGUUUUUCACCGAAGGUAUUUGGGCCGCCAUCAUCUUGGGUCUGAUUAUCGCCAUGAUGCUGGCCUGGGCCAUUUCAAUGCUGGCUGAUGUAAGAACUCCUGAUCGUUACGAUGAUCCUAAAGGAAAAACUAUUACCAUCACAGCCACUGAAUAGAAACAAUUGGUAACUAUUUCUUUACUUCCCUAUCCAUUGAAGACGGUUAGGAUGCAAUUCCUAAUUGCUUUCAAUCAGCCAAUUCUUUCUCUCUCCUUCUUCGUUCUAAUCUUCAAAACAACAGCAAAAACAAUUGGCUACAAAACAAGAGCCUGUAUAGAAUGUCUAUUAGAAAUAAUACUUAUAACUAAAUAAUACCAAGUGAAUUUGGUCUGGUGAGAUACAAACAAAAACAGUAAAAAACAUGAAGCAUGGUUUAUUUGAUUUUUUUUUUUCGUGACACGUCCGUUAGUUGUUUUUGGCUACGCUUUUCCUUGUCUUUUUACGUGUACAUUUGCAUAAUUUGCAUUCCAUCAAUAAAUGUUUAGUGUGUUUA